AUGCCUGCCCAAAUUUGCAGACAGAUCAUAAUAACUGCGGUGGCUGCGGAAUUACUUGUUCGUCUGACCGUUCAUGCUUUUCAGGCACUUGUCAAUGUACCAAUGGUGUGGACUGCGAUGGUGUCUGCGCAGUGUUCAGGACUGACCCUAAUAACUGCGGUGGCUGCGGAAUUAAGUGUCUUCCCGGCCAACCAUGUGUUGAUGACAACUGUCAGCUUUAACAUACCCCUCUGGCACUUGCUAGUGCCCUAA